AUGAGGCUCUCGACAACUCUAGCCGUCGUCCCUUUGGGCGCGCGUCUGGCCCAAGCCGCCCUCGAUGCGGAUGCCGUGACCGAGAAGUACUUCGGCAAUGACGCGCCGUGGUACCGCGACCGCAUUCCUCUCUUCGAGUCCAGCGACACGGAGAUCACCGACGUCUACUACUACCGCUGGAACCUCUUCCGGACCCACCAGCGAGACGUCGGCUCCAAGUACGGCUUCAUCACGACCGAGUUCAUCGACAACGUCGGCUGGCAGACCCAGCCCUGGGCCUCCAACAACUGCGCCGCCAUCUUCCACCUCUCCGAGGGCCGCUGGUGCCGCGACCCGCGCUUCAAGCAGGACUACGCCACCUUCAUGUACAGCCCCGACAGCAACCCGCGUCAGUACUCCGAGAGCCUGGCCGACGGCGUAUGGCGCAACUACCUCGUCGACGGCGAUCCCGAGCUCGGAUUCUCCCUCCUCGAUGACAUGCAGAGGGUCUACAACCUCUGGGUCGGCGACCACUACGACGAGUCCAAGGGUCUCUUCUGGAUCGAGCCCAUUGCCGACGCCACGGAGUACACCAUCUCCAGCAUCGAUGCUUCUGGUGGCUAUGACGGCUUCUUCGGAGGCCAGGCUUUCCGCCCCACGAUCAACGCGUACCAGUUCGCCAAUGCGAAGGCCAUUGCCAAGAUCGCCUCCUUGAAGGGCGGCCUUGACGACGUGGUUGAGGAGUACAACAACCGCGCCGAGGCGAUCAAGGAAGCUUUCCAGAGGGACAUGUGGAACUCGACCUUCGAGCACUUCGUUGACCGAUACUUUGUCAACAAUGAGAACGUCACGUACUGGGACUUCAUCCGGGGACGUGAGCUUGCUGGACUGGUCCCUUGGGCGCACGACUUGCCCGACGACGAUGCCAAGUUCGGCGAGGCCUGGAAGCACGCCCUCAGCUCCGAUGAGCUCGGCGGUCCCUUCGGACUGCGGACUGUCGAGCCCUCGUACGAGUACUACAUGCGAGUGUGGCGUUACGAGGGCACCCAGACCGAAUGCCACUGGAACGGUCCCUCGUGGCCCUACCAGACGACGCAGGUCCUGACUUCGCUGGCCAAUGUCCUCGAUCACUACCCGAACUCGGCUUCACUUGUCAACGUGGGAGACUAUACUCGUCUUCUCAAGCAGUACGCCAACCAGCACUACAACAAACACUACGACAACAUCCUCGACAUUGAAGAGAACUACGACCCCGACACGGGCGAGCCGAUUGUGGGCUUGGGCCGCUCCCAUCACUACUUCCACUCCGGCUACGUCGACUUGAUCCUGUCCGGUUUUGUUGGUCUUCGACCCCGCGAGGACAACGUUCUCGAGGUCAACCCCCUUGCAGACCCCUCAUCCAUCUCCUACUUCCGCGCCGAGCGUAUCUUGUACCACGGCCGGGAGGUUGCGGUCCAGUGGGAUGCCACCGGUGACCAUUACGGCGAAGCCGGUCUCCGCGUCGAGGUUGACGGCGAGGUCGUCGCAUCCUCCGACAAGCUCGAGCGUCUGACGGCCGAGAUUACCAGCUCCACCGUCUCCGUCACCCGGCCCCUGGCACAGUCCAUCCAGCUUCAAGCCGAUACCACGCCGCCCAUCGUCAACACCUCAGUCUCAAACUUCGACAUCAACCGUCUUCACGAUGUCUUUGAUGGUCGUAUCUGGUUCUGGACCCAAGACACAAUCGCGAACGGCUUUGACACGCCCGAGGGCAGCACCGCGGAGGAUUGGGUUAGCAUCGAGUUUGGUUCGGCCAUCCAGGCUGCCCGGGCCGAGAUUGCCUUCUUCGCCAACGAGGAGAAGGGUUUCGAUGUUCCUGCCAGUUACCGUGUUCAGGUUCUAGAUGGCGAGUGGGUUGAUGUUGCCGGUGCAACAUACGACGAGCCGUUGGCCAAUGGCAUUACCAACGCCAAGUGGACGGGCGCCUCGACCGAAUCUCUGCGUAUUCUUGUUACGCCGCAGGAGGGCAAGAGAGUCCGUCUUGUGGAGUUCAAGGUCUUUACUGAGUAG